AUGCACAUACUGACAAACGUACUGGACACAUUUACCUCGCUGUACAACACGCUCUCGUUUCCGGGAUGCAUGGACAUUAUAGUGGUAAAGGACCAUAAAGGAACGCUUCGCAGUACAAAAUUUUAUGUGUGUUUUGAUCAGAGCUAUUUCAACUCAAGCGUCUAUUUGAUUGUGAAUGGGGUGGUGAGUGAGAUUGUGAUGAUGGUGGAUGAGAUGGGCAACUGCUAUUUUGAGGUGGAUGAGGAGUGUGCGGAUAGAAAUGUUGGCGGGGGGUGUGUUGAUAGCGGAUUCGUGAGCAUGAACAAAAAUCUUAGCAAAAUGGAAAAAACUAUAAAUUACAGCAAUGUGAGCAUAAAUAGCAUGAAGAACGGUGUUGAUUGCGGAGCAGGAGGUGGUAAUGUGGCGAAUAUUGCUGAUUGUGGUGCGGAAAGCGAUAAGGACCGCAAUGCCAUCGGGUGCAUGGACCAGGACAUCAAGAAGAAAAACGUGGAGCGGAACGGCACCACCGCAAAAAUUCUCAACGGCAGGAAUGAAACGGUCGCAAUCAACGAUGCCAUUUACAAAGACAAUGCAAUCAGCGCUCACGAAAAAGAGAAAAUGCGCGUGGAUGAUAACGAUGCAUUGCUGAACGGUCUUGAGGAGGAUCAUUCAGGCAACACAAGCCUUACACUCGAUCUAAAGAUAGAAGACGAGGAAAAGUGCAUAAUGACCGACUCAGAGGACGAUCUACGGCUGUUGAGGCGGCGUAAUGCCAAUCCGCACUUCCUCAGCCAUAAUUUCAAGCUCUCGUCUUCGCAACUGAUCGUGAACAAAUUCUUAAAAGAGAGCGAAAUCGUGCGUUCCACCAACCUGAUUUACAGGACGUACGCGAUGCGCUACUUUAGAAACAGAGAGACAUUUUAUGAGCGGGGUGGUGAUCUACUGGGCGAGUUUCUGAGGGGAAAAGAGCACUACGACUACCUGGAGGAGAGCGCAGAGCGGCUCUUCCUGAUAAUGGCACGGCGCCUUGGCACGGACAAGUGUGCAAGCACUGAUCAUGCGGUUGAUGCCGGCACACUGGACGUAGAUGCACGCAUAAACGGCUUGUCCGACAAAAGAAGCGCUUUUCAUGCAAAGCACGAUAAGGAUGGAGACAUAAAAAGCACCAAGGAGUGCAGCUGCAGCAGGGGAUCCGCCAGCAGGGUGCUUACGUACCACUCGCCGUAUCUUCCAUACGGGCGAAAGACCGGUGUUGGGCGUACCACAGGCCCGUUCCAAUUCACAGUGAAGUACUCGCUGUGUGCAGACAAAAAAACCGCAUUGUCAAUUGAAAAGAUAUUUGCCGAUCACAUAGUCAAAAAUUACGUACACUCGCCAAAUCUCGUUGUACGACUGUCCGACGGGCACGCAUCCUUCUACAUGCGGUCCGAUCUGUUUAUCGAGCUGUUCAUGUUCUGUCUCGAUGAAAAGGCGUCGUUUACAAAAUUCAGAGAGUUUAUGCGUGAAAAGAUGGGCCGUAAGAAUGUGCAUAAAAAGCGUACUCUGAAUUUGAGUUCGCACGAUCUGCAUAAGCUGCACUUGCAGUACGGCAGGAACACCUUGGAGUACAAGCUGGCAGGCAUGGACAAGCGCAUAGAGGUGUGCAUGUACCUGUGGAACGAGAACGACAAGAUAAUAGUGAGCGAUAUUGAUGGCACUAUAACAAAGAGCGAUGUGUGGGGCCAUAUCUACGAUCUGGUCGGCAAGGAUUGGACACAUGGUGGUGUGGCAGCCCUGUUCACGAAGAUAAUAAGCAACAACUACCGAAUCAUGUACCUGAGCAAUCGCGCCAUGCCGAUGUACUUCAGGACCAGAAGAUAUCUCGGCAAAAUUAAGCAGAACGAGUGCACACUUCCUGAUGGCCCCAUCGUGCUAUCACCUAAAAGCGUGCUCUCGUCGCUGUACACCGAGGUGCGCAACCAGUCACACAUUUUCAAGAUAGACUGUCUGCAGCAGAUUGAGCAGCUGUUCUAUGGCCGUAAGCCCUUCUUCGCAGGCUUUGGCAACCGCAUAUCUGAUCUGCUCAGUUAUAAAGUGCUUGGCAUUGCAAAGAGUAUGAUAUUUAUUAUUGAUCGGGAUGGCAGCAUCUGCGAGGGUAUGAAGAGGAAGAUUAGUGCCAGUUACCUGACACUUAACCAUUUUGCCAAUACGAUCUUUCCUGAAAUCAGGAAGGAGGAAGAUAAGAGAAAGAAAUUGUACCACGAUUUUCAUUUCUGGCGGUUGUAGAAGCUGAUGUUCGUUCAAUUUAUAGUGCUUGUGGAUGGCAGUGUCAAUGAUGUUAUUACGUGUGUAGGGAUCGCAGAGAAGCGUGUAAUUAGCAUUAUUAAUACGGUUAACGCCUUGGAAUGAAAAAAUGAUAGCAAUGCAUAAUAAGCAAGGGAUUAUCCGUACGUCACACUAGCAAUGCAUAGCUAGAUGUGUUCUGGUGGUACAACGAAAUAUUGCCACUUAUAUAUCGCCAUAUGAAAAAUAAUCAAAAAAGUAAUUUAGAGGUGGAUUGCCGGUUUAACACGCAUUCCUCAGUACGGCGAGCAAGCACUUACAAACCGUUUAUACGGCAUAGAUUGGUACAUAGGUAAAGGAUACGUUUUAUUAUUGCUGAAAUGGCAAAUAGCACGGGUUGUGAUUGAUCAUAUGCUCAUGACGGGGUAGUACCAUACUUUGUGUUACGUUUUUACUGCAGUAUAUGCUGCUCAGAAUUGGUACAUGCUUUUUAUGAGUGGUAGGGCCAACUGAGUGCGAUGACGGGUGUUUAGGUGUCAAUAAGAGGGGUAUGCUUCAUAGAAAGCAUUUUUCUAGCGUUGCAUAGCUUUGGUAUCACACGUACAAUACAUCCAUGGCUCGCUCCUCAUCACACCAUGUGCCAGCAUCAAAUUUUCAUAUUUAAUUUGCCCCUAUGUCACAGCUACCGCACAAAAAGAUAAAACUGCACAAAAGCAAAUCAAAAUAUCUUAAGAGAUCAAAGAAGGACAAAAGUAUCGGUUACAGGCUUACCAAGGAGAUAAAUAGAAAGAUGAUUGAAAGGGUAAAAAUGAGAGAGAAAAAUGAUGUGGAGAAGGGAUGAGAAAGGAUAUGGACAGUAGGAGGUUAAUGGGUUGGACUUGAUAGGAUAGAUUGUGCUUUGUAAUGAAUGGUGCUCAUUAAACCAUGUUUGAUUCAUGUACAGUUUUUUGCUUGAGUUGUGCAUUUAAUAAAUGCUGCUGAAGUACAGCGUUUUAAAUGCACCGUGCGGAACAACAGAGAUUUGCUUAGAAAUGAGAAACAUGCUUUAAGAUAAGAUUAAAGAAUAUAUUUUGC